CUACGCGACAGAUCAAAGUGAACGCGUCGACGCGACCAACAUUUCAUUCUGAAUCACCCAUGUCACUCUGGGUUGACCGAUUUAGGCCAAAAACACUUGAUGACCUCCACUACCACCAUGACCUCUCUACCCGGCUGAAAGCACUCGCCGCCUCUGAAGAUUUUCCACACAUGCUCUUCUAUGGUCCAUCAGGUGCAGGAAAGAAAACUCGCAUAAACUGCACGCUGAGGCAACUGUUCGGCACCGGUGUGGAGAAGCUCAAAAUUGAUCAAAGAGUUUUUGUAUCACCCUCAAGGCGAAAGCUGGAGAUCAACUUGGUACAGAGCAGCUACCACAUCGAGAUUACUCCCAGUGAAGCAGGGAGUUACGACAGAGUGGUUGUGCAGGAUCUUCUAAAGGAGAUCGCGCAGACCCAGCAGGUAGAUCUUGGUGCGAAGCACCGCUUUAAAGUUGUCGUCAUCAACGAAGCCGACUUCUUAUCCAGAGAUGCCCAAGCAGCUUUGCGUCGCACGAUGGAAAAGUACAUGUCAAACAUGCGAAUCAUAUUAUGUGCCAACAGUACCAGCAGACUCAUUGCACCAAUCAGGAGUCGGUGUCUGCUCGUGCGUGUAGCUGCACCGACAGCGCAGGAGAUCCAAGCGGUAGUGGAACACGUCGCGAGGAAAAUGAAGUUCGACGUCCCUCCAGAGGCUUCCCUGCAAAUAGCGGAGGAUGCUGCUGGGAAUAUGCGGAAGGCCCUUCUCGUGUUUGAAGCACUUAAGAUGCAAUCUCCCGACCUUUCUGGUCCUCUCCGGAUUGCAAAACCGGAUUGGGAGACCUACUGUCACAAAGUGGCCGAGCUUAUAGUUCAGGAGCAAUCGCCAGCACGGGUCAUGGAAGUCCGUGCGAAGUUUUACGAAUUGCUAAGUCACUGUAUACCACCAACUGUUAUCCUCAAGACUGUGGCAGAAAAAGUAGCGGAAAGGGUUGAUGAGGCUUUGAAAGCCGACGUCAUGCAUUGGGCUGCAUUCUACGAACUGCGUAUGCGGUUAGGUAGCAAGAAGAUAUACCACCUCGAAGCUUGGGUGGUCAAAGUGAUGUGUCUGUACAAGCAUUUCACCUACAACUUUGAUAUGUCCGAAUUUGAUUAGAUGCAACAUGUUGCGAACCGGGAUAACAAUCACCCGCUACCCAGUGAAGAACAUGGACAAGCCGUCAAGAAGUGGAACAGGCAGCAGCUUAGGCAAGUUGCAAAGGGAACGCACAUAAUUUAGUGUGCUCAGUCGGACUUUGGCAAUUGUAGCAUUUCAUCCUGGUAGUUACUCCGAUAUCCAGUGUAACCUAGUUGUGGUGGCUUGGGUUGGUGAAUGUAGAGAGUUGAUG